AUGUCCCCCUUCCGGUUGCUCUAUGGCAAGGCUUGCCAUCUACCUAUGGAGAUCGAGCAUAAACCUUAUUGGGCAAUCAAGAUUCUGAGGAAGCAGUUUCAUGAAGGUGACAAGGUUCUAAAGUUUAAAGCCUGGUUAAAGCUGAUGCUUGGGAAGUUUGUCGCCAAGUGGGAAGGUCUGUUUAGGGUUACUAAAGUAUAUCCCUUUGGCAUGAUAGAGGUCAUAGAUGAGGAGACCGAUAUAACUUCACAAGUCAACAGCCAUUUGCUGAAGCACUACCACGAGAAUCAAAGACCUUCUUGA